AGACGAAGAGGCGUAAAGUUCCGGCUUUCAAACAGUUACAAUCGCAACGAACACAACAAACACAACAAACAACUGCGGGGUAUGUGAAAUGUUGAGUAAUGUGUUAUUAUGACUCCUAAUAAUCAAGAUGCCUUUUUAGUACAGAAUUAUUUUGUUGAACACGUACUCAGUGUAGACGAUCACUUUCUGCAAACAGUGACAUACUCCUUAUUUACAUUCAUACCGUUAAAGUCAAAACAACUCUGCUAAAUCAGUAUGUCUGUGAGAUGAUUACACGUAGUGUUCUUCAUUUAAAUAUUCUAUAAUAUUGUAUCAAAGUAGAGCAUUUCAAAAGUCCCGCAUUGAACGAUGAACGCCUCUUUGUUCAUAGAAUUGAACGUUUCAUUUUAUGCGUUCGGAAUCAUUUUAAUUUGUGCUUAUUAAUUCGAAUAUCAUAAUAUAUAAUGUAAUGUUAUGGUUAGUAUACAAUGUAAAAAACGAUAUAGUACUGUAUAAAUAUAAGAUUGCUGCCCUGCCAUUGGCUGGCGACCAGCCCAAAGUGUCCUCGCCUCUUGGUCCAAGUCAGCUGGGGAUCCUUUUACUGUGGGCAAACGUCUGGUAUGGAGUCAAACUCCCCAAUUCCCCCCAUCAAUGAGCGGGUGGGGCACCUCCGUCCCUCCAAGGAAUAUUUGGAGGGCUACAAGAAGAAGAUUGCCCAUUUUGAUGGAGAGCAUGGGCAGCUGCUGAAGAUACUGGAGAAGUACAAGAGCAUCAUAGAGGACCAGCACAAGCUCCAGAGUGACUUGCGGCAGCGUGAAGGAGAGCUUGCAGAACUUAAGAAUGCGUUGAGUGACAUGGAGGUGUACCUCUUCCAAGAAAAAGAACAGUCACUCCGGCUUCAUGCGGAAAACGACAGACUAAAAAUCAGAGAGCUGGAGGACAGAGAAAAAAUCCAGCACCUUCUUUCGCUGGUAGGUGCUGAUGAUGGAGAGACAACAUAUUUUCUGCGGGAGCCUCCUCACAAGGUGGUGAUCAAACAGAAGAUGCAGCAGUCGGGGGAAAAUUUAAAUCUCAGGCCAACAAAGUUGAAACUCAACGUAACCAGAAAAGGGGGCAUCAAGAAAGGAAACCUCACAGAUUCGGAAACUAGCCAUAUUUUAGAAAAAUAUAAGACGCACAACCAUACUUUAAUACUACAGGUGGAAGCGCUGCAUGCUCAGAUGGAGGAACAAACCCGACUAGCCAGAGAACAGGUUGAUUCACUCCAGGAGGACCGAAAGAUGAAAAUACAGGAGGCACUGGCCGAAAGGCAGAGAUUUGAGUCCCACAUCAAAUGUUUGACAGAAAAGCUACAGCGAGCCCAGAACCUGCUCUACGAGAGCACCAAAGAUUAUUUAAAACUCAAAUAUGAAACAAAGACUCAAGAGAAAAAAUGGAUGAUUGAGAGGGACCGCAUCCUCUGGGAUUUGAACGGUCCCAAAAAAUCUAUGUCUACUAGUAUGUCACGGCAAGCCGCUAGCGGCGACAAUGCUCAAACUGACUUCAGGCAGAAUUAUAAGGGGGACAUGAAGGCAAUGCAGGAGGAGGUAAAGCAAGCCAACCGUUUGGCAGAGAUGUACAGGGAACAGUGUGUCAAACUGGAAUCAGAACUGGCCCAAGGCAGAGAGGAGACCGAGGCUGGGCAACAAAUUUUUAAGGAUCGUGCGGAAAAAUUGUCCGAACGUCUUAAACUGACGACUCAGCGUCAUGAAGCACUGGCAAAGAGGAGGACCUUGGAGGUAGAGGGCUUCAAGACAGACCUCAGACAACUUCGACAAAAACUCAAAGAUGUCGAAAAACAGCUUGUUCAGGUAUUGUCUAAUGGUUGGCCCAACCAGGAUUUAGCUAUGCUGCAAGAGGUCCGAGAGAGCAAUACGCGGACCAAGAAAGUCCAGAGUGAUCUGAUGAAAUUAAAGGCCAAGAUUUAUGGACUAGAAAAUGAGCUAAGAUUUUGCUGAGGAGUGGCUCACAUUGGUUUUUUUUAUUGAUACCUUAAACAACUUUAUGAGCUUUACGCAAGUGAUGUGCCUUGUAUUGUUUAUUAGUACAACUUAUUUUGUGCCAAUAAAUGUUUUUUUUAAUUCAUAA